GCUGAUGCAGGCAGUCACAAAGCUCAUAUUUGGUUGCCCAACAUUCCAGAGAGAGAAGGAGAGAAGAUGAGGGCGGCUGCCGCGCCCUCUCUCAUCCUCCUCCUGCUCGCCACCACUUUCUUCUCUGUCUCCAUAGCCACCGACACCAUCGACCAGACCACGUCCAUCACCGGCAACUCGACACUCAUCUCGGCCCGUGGAAUAUUCAGGCUUGGCUUCUUCAGCCCGCCCGGCAGCCCCGACGGCAGAACCUACCUCGGCAUUUGGUACGCGGCCAUCCCAAUACAGAACAUCGUGUGGGUCGCCAACCGCCAGAACCCAAUCCUCACAUCCCCCGGCGUCCUCAAGCUCUCCCCCGACGGCCGCCUUCUCAUCCUCGACGGGCAGAACACCACAGUCUGGUCCUCGGCCGCGCCCACCAGAAACAUAACCACAAACAACGGUGCUGCCACGGCUCGUCUUUUCGACACCGGCAACCUCGUCGUGAGCUCUGACGACGGAAGCGGCUCCCCUCCGAGCGUGGCGUGGCAGAGCUUCGACUACCCGACGGACACGCUGCUCCCCGGCAUGAAGCUCGGGGUGGACACCAAGAACGGCAUCACCAGGAACAUGACGUCGUGGAGCAGCCCGACGGACCCCUCGCCGGGGAACUACACGUUCAAGCUCGUCACGGGCGGGCUGCCCGAGUUCUUCCUCUUCAAAGGCCCCGCGAAGAUCUACGCCAGCGGGCCGUGGAACGGCGCGGGGCUCACGGGCGUGCCGUACCUCAAAGCCCAGGACUUCACGUUCACGGUCGUGUCGAACCCAGAGGAGACGUACUACGCGUACUACAUCAGCGACCCGUUGGUGCGGUCGCGGUUCGUCGUCGACGGCACGCUGGGGCAGCUGCAGCGGUACGUGUGGAGCGAAGGCGGCUGGAGCAGCUUCUGGUACUACCCGAACGACGCGUGCGACAGCUACGGCAAGUGCGGGCCUUUCGGCUCCGGGUACUGCGACACCGGCCAGUCCCCGCAGUGCAGCUGCCUGCCGGGGUUCACGCCACGGUCGCCGCAGCAGUGGAUCCUCAAGGUCAGCUCCGGUGGCUGCGUCUUGAAGACCAACCUGAGCUGCGGAGCUGGAGACGGGUUCUGGAAGGUGAAUCAGAUGAAGCUUCCGGAUGCGACUAACGCGACGGUGCACGCCGACAUGACGCUGGACGACUGCAGGGAGGCGUGCCUGCGUAACUGCAGCUGCAGGGCGUACGCCGCCGCGAACGUUGGCGGACCAGUCAGCCGCGGGUGCGUCAUUUGGGCCGGCGAUCUGCUUGACAUGAGGCAGUUUCCGGAGGUCGUUCAGGAUGUGUACAUACGGCUCGCACAGUCUGAGGUCGAUGCCUUGAACGCCGCCCAAGCUAUGCGCGCCCGACGCCGCAUGGUGAUUGCCAUCGCCACGACUAUUUCUAGCGUGCUUCUUCUGGGAGCCUUUGGCUACUUCUGUUUCUGGAGAAACAAGGCGCGGAGGAAGCAUGCGCGUCAGCCUGAAACGGCACUCUUGCAUUUUCGUCAAACAAACGUGCUUCCAUACAAGGCCAGCAGGAAACACCCCGACUUGAGCCCAUCACAGGAUCAACGGUUCGGUGAGAACAGGAUGGGUGGCGAAGAAGAUCUUGACCUCCCGUUGUUCAAUCUAGCUGUGAUUUUGGUAGCCACGGACAACUUCGCCGCGGAGCAUAAGAUAGGAGAAGGUGGAUUUGGCGCUGUUUAUUUGGGAAGGCUUGAGGAUGGCCAAGAAGUUGCUGUGAAGAGGUUGUCUAGGAAAUCGGCACAAGGGGUCGAGGAAUUCAAAAACGAGGUAAAACUAAUAGCAAAGCUUCAGCACAAGAAUCUGGUGAGGCUUCUAGGCUGCUGCAUCGACAAGGACGAGAGAAUGCUCGUGUACGAGUUCAUGCACAACAACAGCCUAGAUACAUUUAUAUUUGAUGAAGGAAAGCGUAAGUUGCUCAGAUGGAACAAGCGCUUUGAGAUAAUUCUAGGAAUUGCACGGGGUCUGCUCUAUCUCCACGAGGAUUCAAGGUUCAGGAUCAUCCAUAGGGAUAUGAAGGCAAGUAACGUGCUAUUAGACAGAAACAUGAUCCCCAAAAUCUCAGACUUUGGUAUUGCAAGAAUGUUCGGAGGUGAUCAGACAACUGCAUACACCUUGAAGGUCAUUGGGACAUACGGCUACAUGUCUCCAGAAUAUGCCAUGGAUGGUGUCUUCUCCAUGAAAUCUGAUAUCUACAGCUUCGGCAUCAUGGUGCUAGAGAUAGUCACUGGCAAGAAGAAUCGAGGCUUUCACGAUGUCAAGCUUGAUCUAAACCUCCUCGGUUAUGCGUGGAUGCUCUGGAAAGAAGGCAGGAGCGCAGAGCUACUGGAUGAGGCGAUGAUGAUUGGCGAUAGCUGUGAUCACAGUCAGGUGCGGAGAUGCAUACAGGUUGGUCUCUUGUGUGUUGAUGUGCAGCCUAGGAACAGGCCUCUCAUGUCGUCAGUUGUCAUGAUGCUGGCCGGUGAGAAUGCCACGUUGCCCGAGCCAAACGAACCUGGAGUGAACAUCGGAAGGAAUACGUCAGACACAGAAUCAUCUCAAACUCAAAGUGCAACAGAUACUCCCUAGGUAAUUUGUGAUGGAAUAGUAUGUACAGUCUGUAGCCAAGGCAAUUUUGUUCUUACUUCUCCCAUUGUUUGGGCUGCCUUGGGUGGGCUGGGCCUGAACACGUCUGUACACUUCUUUUUUGCACUCCUGAAAGGGAAAGGGAGGUUGUGGCCCAGUUUAGCCUCCGCCAGUGACUACAACGGAUACUCCCUAGGUAAUUUGUGACGGAAUAGUAUGUACAGCAACAGUACAGGCUAUAGCCAAGGCAAUUUUGUUUUUCGCUAA